AUUUAGUCGAGAUAAAAAACAUAGCAAACGAUGCUGAAAGUUAGGAAAGCCCAAAACAAUCCCCCACAAGCAAUGCAGUCUCCUACAGAAGAAUCAUUCUUUACUUAUUCUGAGUCUAGUUUCGAUAACUUAGUAGGUAUUAAGAUGCUACCAGUCGAAUCGGUAUUCAGGACACCGAAAACAGUUCCGGCCACCCGAGAUUCGCUGAAGAAACUAUCUGUGCAAAGUUUCGCAAGAGAGAAGAAAGUGCAUGACCGUAAACACACUCCUGUAUUAGUUAAUUUGAGGCGCAAAGAUGAUACCGAGAGAUAUGGAAUGGUGAUGAUCAUGCUCGAAAAGAGAGCGUUUUGUUUAUUAUCCUACGAGUCUACCCCUGCAUGGUCCACUACUGUGGAUGGCGUGCAGGGGAUUCGAUUUGGAGAUGAGAUACUGUUCGUGAAUGGUAAGGCGGUUACAGAAUUUACGGAAGGGAUGAAUGGUAUCGUAUCGGAGAUGUAUAAAAGUCUGUCGUGCACAUUAACUGUGGUGAGAGAACCCGAAUUAACUAAAUGCCAUGUGGACACUGCAAACUGGAAGAAGAAUAAGACACGCACCUUGGGUGCACUUGGUAUUGAGUGCAUUAAUGACCAAGUCACAUACGUUGCCCCGGAUUCGGCUGCUGUGCGAGCAGGCAUAACCAGCAGCCACGUCGUCGUAAAAGUAGGCGACGUAUACACUCUGGGUAUGAGUGAGGCUCAAUUACACUCGACCCUUAUGCUGGCACAGGUAAAAGGGUCGGUUAAUAACUCACUGGCAUGGGCGAGGAAGCUGUCAGGAUUAAGUACAAAAUCCGAUACGGUAGAGGUAAUAGUCAUGGAGAAGCUGUUGUAUCGCAACUUAACGAAAUCUAUAAAUCGGGCUAGAUUGGGCGAGGAGUUGCGCAUCGCGGAUCAAACACGAGAAUAUAUUGUCUGAUAGAGUAUCACACGUUGUCAGAGAUGCCUAUGCGGAUCAUAGGAAAUAACAGCAUAUAUACCGGUAUGCUUCUAUUUGGAUACUGGAAAUAUGACCGCUAAUGUUGUACAUAGCAAUUUUUUGGGUGCUUCAAGAGAUUGAGGAUGCCUUUCCUCCUAGAAGUGAUUCAAUGAAUGAAAGCGAUUUCUCACACCACAGCAAUAUCGAAGAACUGUGACGAGAGAGCGUUUACGCCAGAAACAAAGUCCUAACUUUACAAAGUUUCAGACAAAAUUGUAUCAAGAUCAUGAUGUAAUCAACAUGCUAGGGUAUUCGGAAUCCAGUCAUCUCCGCAAAAUCUUGGAACGAUGACAGCCAGGUUGCCCAUGUCAAUGCGCAGGACGCACGUGUGACAGCACAUAGCGCUUUUCGAUUCAUCGUGAUGAUAUGAUUUGUGUGGCUGCUCGUUAUAUCCCGAUGCAGCCAUAGCUUCCGAUACAGCGUUGUGGAUUCGUAUACGAUGUUCAACGCAGAUUUACACCACGCACAGAGUCAAAGGUCCAAGACAUAAUAUGACCUCGAUCGUACAGAGUCUAUCGUACAAAGCAUAAGCAAUAAAUCAA